GCCUCGAGGAUACAGCGGUACAUCCGUCUCCUCUUCGCCGGGUCGGGAGUUGGACUCCCCCAGCUGCGCAGGAGAGCUCCCCUGCGAAACGCGCCAUGGGAUCCGGGAGAACCACUGCCGCUUGUUGCAUGCACACCUGAGGGUUUUGUGGAUUUAACAACACGUUUUUUAAAAAGAAAAAGAAGACUCUUUGAUUUACUCGCUUUAAGAAGAGACUUCGUCCAGUCGCUCGGAAUCAUAAGCCUCUGCCAAGGACUCUUAUUACUCUUAUUUCUAACACCACGGUGUGGAUUUCGGUGAAGAGCUGCCAGGAUGGUCUCAUCCGACUGUUUCAGAUUGUUCUUUGUCAUCUUGUGUUGUUCAUCACUCACAAAUGGACAUUUGGAGAGAGAGCACUCGCCUAAGAUUCUGCCCUCUGAAGAUCCCUUCAUUCGACCUAAGGGCGAUGUGUUGAACCUCAUAUGCAGCGGUCCUGGCCCGCUGCGCUGGACACAUCCCAGUCGAUCGAUCCCAUCAAAGGGCGUGAAGGUGGAGCAGUGUGAUUCCAGAUCUCCCUCUCACUCACACUGCAGCAAACUGACAGUCACAAGCUUGAUUGUCAAUGACACAGGGAGCUACAGCUGUAAAUACUCCAAGAAUGGAUUAGAACACAUCACCUCGAUCUACGUCUACGUCAAAGAUCCUGAGCAACCAUUUGUGGAGCCUCAUCCAAAGACACCUGAAGUCUUAUGUUUCUACAGGCAUGAGACCAGCCUCGUGGUUCCUUGCCGGACGUCCUUUCCUGAUACUGUUGUUACACUCACAGCGUUACGACCUUUUCCAGAGAAGGUCAUUAAGGAAAUGGUCUGGAAUCCGAAGGUUGGAUUUAAGAUUCCCUACGAACCCACAACUGAGUACAGUAUGCUCAACUGUAAAACCAUGGUCAACGGUCGUGAGUUCAAGUCAAAGUACAUCCCUAUGAGAUUAACUACUGUUCUUAAUAAUGUGAAGAUCACCCCGGAGCGUGUCAGAGUGUUGGUUGGAGACACCCUCAUGCUCAACUGUACUGGGGAGACAUCCUAUGGUGGAAGAAUCAACUUCACAUGGGAUUUUCCAAAGAAGAGGGAAAAGCAACACUAUGAGAACAAGACGCUAGGCCCCACUGCUGUGGUUAUUGUAAUGAGCAAGGCUUUAAUUUUGCCAAACAUUACCAUGGAGGAUAAGGGGGUGUACCGCUGCAGAGCUGAGCUUGACAUCACGAAACACAAGAACACCUCAGCAAAAGUUAUUGUCUAUGAGCAUCCAUUCCUCAAUGUCUCUUAUAGGUAUGAUCGGCCUAGUACUGUGACUGUUAAGGAAGGUAGAAAGAGGCUUGUGUUUGAGCCCAAGGUCAACGCUCUGCCAUCACCAGACAUGCUAGCAUGGUAUAAAGAUGGGGUCCCUAUCAACAAGAAUUCCACCUGUUACAAGAUGUCUAAUUUCAACUUGAUCAUCAGUGAUGUGCAGCAGAAGCAUGCUGGGGUCUUCACCAUAAGCCUGGGCAACCACGUUAAGGGCUUGUACAGGAAUCUGAGCUACACGCUGGUAGUCGAAGUGAAACCAACUAUUUCAGAAGCAGAGCUUGCCACUGUGGACGUGCAGCCCUACAUGUCCGGCAAACAGCAUCAGCUAACCUGCACUGCUUUUGGGAUACCUUUGCCAAAUAUCACGUGGAUCUGGCAACCGUGUCUAUCAGACCUUGCGUUUAUAAAUUGCACCGCUAACGCCAAACCAGUCCCAGUCAACAUUGAUGACAGGGGAAAUUACUCCCACAACUGGAUUAAGAGCAUAAACGUCAAGCCUGAGCUGGUUAAGGGAAAAAACAAGACUGUGAGCACCCUGGUGAUAGGAGAGGCUAUCAUGUCAGGAAAGUACUCAUGUGUGGCCCAGAAUGAAAAUGGCAACAGCACAAUGACGAUCCCUUUCUACGUUGAUGAUCACCCUGAGGAAAUCACCAUCGAACCUCGGGCAGCCAUCGAGGGGGAUGACGUCACACUGACCUGUCGGGCGGCUCGCUACCUUUACACAGACCUAAAGUGGUUGGAUUCCAGAAAUCAAACGAUCACUUCCGACGUGUCCAGUCUCCAGAUCAGCCACUACUCCAUUUUUCUUUCUCUCCAUCUGCAUAACGUGUCUGAAAUCAGCACUACAGGUUACAAGUGCCAAGCAUACAAGCUCAACAAGAGGGUUGAACUCAAGAGUGCUGCACUUUUUGUGGAUGUGAGAAAAAGGCCCUGGCUGAGUCAAAAUCUGACUAAUCAAGAUGUGAACAGUAGCAGCACCCUGAUGCUGGCCUGCUUUGCUCUGGGAGUUCCUCGUCCAAACAUCACAUGGUACAAAAAUCGGGUUCAGGUGGAGGAAGGACCAGGUAUCACUCUGGGAAAAGACGGGGUUCUGACCAUCGAGAGGGUGAAGAAAGAUGAUGAGGGUCUCUACGAGUGUGAAGCCAGCAAUGUUGAGGGUGUUGCGAAAACAAGUGCUGUUGUUACCGUGUUUGGCGAUGAAGGGAAGCCAAACGUUGAGGUAAUCAUUUUGGUGUGUACGGGAGCUGCAGCAACGUUCCUCUGGCUCAUGCUUAUCCUCUUCAUCCGCAAGUUAAGGAAGCAACCGGCACAGUAUAAGAUGGGCCCCUCUAUCAUCAUUGAUCCUGACGAGUGUCCCCUCGAGGAGCAGAAUGAUCUUCUUCAGUACGACAGCAGUAAAUGGGAGUUUCCUCGUGACCGACUGCGACUAGGCAAAACUCUUGGCCAUGGAGCAUUUGGAAAAGUGGUGGAGGCUUCUGCCUUUGGGAUCGACAAGCUCUCAACCUGCAAGACUGUUGCUGUCAAAAUGUUGAAAGGAGGCGCUACCUCAAAUGAGCGGAAAGCUCUGAUGUCUGAGUUGAAGAUUCUGAUCCACAUUGGCCAUCACCUGAAUGUGGUCAACCUACUAGGAGCCUGCACGAAGCCAGGAGGACCCUUGAUGAUGAUAGUGGAGUACUGCAAAUAUGGCAACUUGUCCAACUAUCUGAGAGGCAAGAGAGAUGACUUUCUCGUCUACAAGAGCCCGGACGGUAAGGUGGUGUCGUCAGGAUCGGGCUGCGAGCUGAGCGAGCUGAUGAAGCGCCGCCUGGAGAGCGUGGCCAGCAACGGAAGCUCAGCCAGCUCUGGCUUCAUCGAAGAUAAGAGCUACUGCGACUCAGAGGAAGAGGAAGAAGAAUCUGAGGAUUUAUAUAAGAAAGUUCUUACGUUGGAAGAUUUGAUUUGCUACAGUUUCCAAGUUGCAAAAGGCAUGGAGUUCUUGGCUUCACGCAAGUGCAUCCAUCGUGAUUUGGCUGCACGAAACAUCCUGCUAUCUGAGAAUAAUGUUGUGAAGAUUUGUGAUUUCGGACUUGCCAGAGACAUCUACAAAGACCCGGAUUAUGUGCGCAAAGGAGAUGCCAGACUGCCGCUCAAGUGGAUGGCACCUGAGGCCAUUUUUGACAAGGUCUACACGACUCAGAGUGACGUUUGGUCCUUUGGUGUUCUCAUGUGGGAGAUCUUCUCUCUAGGUGCCUCCCCGUACCCUGGCGUCCAAAUUGAUGAAGAAUUUUGCUGCAGGCUGAAGGAGGGGACCAGGAUGAGAGCACCAGAAUACUCGUCCUCUGAAAUAUAUCAGACCAUGUUGGACUGCUGGCAGGGGGAGCCACAGGAGCGACCGACCUUCAUUGAGCUGGUGGGACAGCUGGGAGAUCUGCUUCAGGCCAGCGUGCAAGAGGAGGGGAAGCACUACAUACCCAUCAACACUGCCCUGCUGGGGAAGAUGGGAGACCCGUCCUCCACGGUGCUGUCAGAGGAGACACCCACACGACCCGUCUCCCACCGCGACUCAGGGAGCACCUGGAACAUCAAGAUCCGUCCUGCUAGUGUGAAAACCUUUGACGAGGUUACGAUGGAGGAUGGGACAAAUGAGAACCACGAGGGCGGUCAUUCAGACAGCGGGAUGGGCCUAUCGUCUGACAACAUGGAGACUCUGAAGCGCCUAGAAUCACUGGCAGGCCGACCGCUGAGCAUCAUGGCUCUAGCGAUGAAGGCGGUGAGUAAGAGCAAAGAGUCUGUGCUGACUGACUCAGAGAAGGAGAAGUUCCCCCCCAUGGUGAACUCUCUGGACUUCAGUCUGGAUGACUCGGCCCUGGACGCCGGUCUGGAGUGUCACAGCCCGCCGCCUGACUACAAUUACGUGGUGCGCUACUCCACCCCGCCAGUGUAAGCUCCUGCUCCGACCCCGGAGAAUCUGACCGACAGCCUGGAGGCCUUCGCCUUUGUCCUGCUCUGUUUUGACUCUUAUCUCUGGACUGUAGCAAAAGUUUGACAGGAAAAACACAUGAGAUUCCCUCUUAAAGUGUUUAGACAGGACGCUCUGAAACGAACCCAUGAAUCUACCCGACUGUAACUUCCAACUUCCAGGGCAUCUGCCAAGCAACAAAAGGAAACCUGUAGACUGUUGAUUCCUUUUCAGUUUUUCAGAAGCAGGCUGACGUUAAUGCUGCCGGUCCAUUCCACAUUCACUGUGAUAUGUCAAACAGCUGGAAACAGCCUCAGGUAUUUCUUUCAUCUACUGUGAAAUGAACCACAAUGACUCCCACUUUACUACAGAUCUGAUCAAACUACAGAAAAGAGAAAGAGAGGAUAGCUCAGGCUUUUCAAGUUUAUAUUGAAAUACUUUACACUUUUUAAUUGUAUUCAAAAAGUGAAAACUGGAAAGUAAUUUGGGAACAAAAAUAUUUUUAUAAUGUAGCUACAUCCACUCAUAUUCGGAUUUUCUCAAGGCAAAAGCAGAUGGACAACAACAUACCAUUGAUUAUUAAAUAUGGAAAAGUAUCUUAUUUGAGGUGUCAUUGCUCCUUUAGUUCCUUUAAAAUAUCAGCUCAACUAUCUCAGGUCGACCCAGAGAAACUCUGGGUUUCUUGUAAAAUCAAAGGUUAAUGGAGGAAACAGGGUAGAGAUGAGAGUGAGAGCAGGUGGCUUCAGAUUAAACAUUAAAGACUUACUGUAAAUGAAGAUACUCCUCCCGCCCCAAUCUGGUGUCAAAGAAACUCAAACGUGUUAUUCCUGAAACUGAAAAUCUGAUUCUCUGUGUGUGUAUUUAUUCAGAUAGUGAACACUGUCACUUAGUUUAUUCAUUUAGAUUCAUAGUUAAAAGUUAACCAAAGGAUUUUCCAUCUGUCUUCCUCAUAUCAACACGUAAUACCCCAACACUUCACUCCAGAUGUUUAUGCUGUUUGUGCUGCUGUAUUCACUCAUAGUAAAGCUAGUCUCGUGUUAGUAAAGCUUGCAGGGCAGGCUACUAAAACUCUACAUGUGUGAAGUGAGCUCUAGUUUUCUCUCAUUUACUGUUGUAUUAUUAACAUGUAAAAUCAAGCUUUUUCUUUCUAAUACGGCAUGUAUUGAAAGUACUGUGGACCAAACACAUCCUGUAGAAAUGCAGCUCGCUCGUGCUCGUUGACCACUAAAGAAAACAGUGUUUGUCUGUGAGUAAACUGUAAACUGUAAAGUCGAUAUUUUGAACCCAUGGGUAUUUCCAAAUCCAAUUUAUUGUGUUUUUGUGGAGAGGAAGUGAUUAUGCACUGAUACUUUAUAUCAAGUAUAAUUUUUGUAUUCUAAAGGUAUAUUAUUGUGAAACAGUGUUGAGGGUCACAUGUUACAAAGAUUUCCAAUUUAUUUUUCGUUUUUUAUUUAACUCCUAACUCUAGUGCCUAGUAGGAAACUAACAUUUGCAGUAUUUUUUUAUAUUAUGUUCACUUGUAGUAUUUCUGUCUUAAAUUUCAUGCUUGUUCUAUCAUUUUAUCAUCAAUAACACUCAAGGGAUAUUAUUGCAUUUCUUCAUUCAUAACCAUGAGUAAUAAACCUCCUAUCUUUUUCUGUUAGUUUUGAUGAAAGUAAUGUUCCCAAACACUGUUAUCUGAGCAUAUGAAGUAAAUAAAUGAAUAAAGA